CUGAAAAUAACAUUUUUUUAUAGAUUCACUUUAACUCUUGCCACAGUCCACGUUUUUUCUUAUUGUUAAUCAUUUAUUACAUCCUCGUCGUAAUCCUUGUUGUGAUGAUAUAAUUUUAGUUUAUUUAAUGUGAUCAUUCAAAUAUUGGUUUUAAGGAUAAUUAUAUAUUUAAUAAAUAUGGACAAGUGUAGAGCAUGUCUCUGUACUGAUAGAAACUUGUUAAAAGUAGAUGAACGUUUUAUUUCGUCGUACAAUUUGGUUACGAAUUUGAAGGUCAAGCCAUAUGAUUUAUUGCCUCAAUGUUUUUGCCAGACUUGUACAGAGUCUGUGCAAUUGCAUUUUGCAUUCAGAGAAAAGUGCAUUUCAUCAGAAUCUACUUUGCAGGCUGAACACUUAAGAAUGCAUAAUUUAAAACCUGAUGAUGAUGAGAAAGAAAUAGAAUUAACAGACAUCAAAAGAGAGCUAGAUAGUAACUUUGAUAAGGAUUGUCAGUAUGAACUUGUAGAUUAUGAUAUUGAGUAAGAAGAGUCUCCAGAAACUGAGUCACUAGAUGAUAUAGAAUGGAAACCCUUACAUUUGGAAGAAAUUGUAAAUAGUCCUAGAGAUAAACUAAAGAAACCAGAGCUGAAACAGGUUAAAAGGCCCAGAGGAAGACCAAGAAAAAAUGUCAAAACAAUAGAAAAUGAAUAUUUGUGUGAAACUGAGUCACUAGAUGAUAAAGAAUGGAAUCCCUUAGAUUUGGAAGGAAAUGUCAAUAGUUCUAGCAAUAAAAUUAAGGUUAAAAUGCCCAGAGGAAGACAGAGAAGAAUUGUCCAAACAAUGGAAAAUAAACAACCACAAAAACAGAAGACAAUAAAUUUUGAAUAUUUGUGUGGAUUAUGUGAUGAGAAUUUUCUUGUCCUCAAAGACCUAAACUCUCACCUUGAAAGUCACCAGUCAGACAAUACUUGCAGAACAUGUUCAAAAGAAUUUGAAAACUGGCCAAAGCUUCUGGCCCACAGAGCUAUACACUCUGGCAAUAGUGGAAAGUACUGCCACCUCUGUUCUAGGAGGUUUAAUUUUCUGGGCAAGAUGGAGCAACAUUAUCUGCAAGUUCAUUUUGAGGAAAAGAUUCCUAAAUAAGCAUCUUCUACUUGCGCACCUCAGGACUCAUGAGCCUGAGAAGCGACACCAGUGUGACCAGUGUGAAUACACGGCUGUCUAUGCUGCAGUCUUAACUAAUCAUAAAAGAAGACGACACAAAAAGUUCUCCUGUAAAAUUUGCAACAGGCAAUUUGCAGAGAAAGCAAAACUGAAGACCCAUGACUGUAAAGAUAAGAGCAAACUUUGUACCAUAUGCGGCCUACGUAUGUAUACUUCGCUCCAACGCCACAUGUUAACCCACUGCGACGCGAAGCCCUUCAAGUGCGAGAAGUGCCCAGCGAGCUACAAGCACGCGAUGUCCCUGAAACUCCACAUGGACCGCCACGACAAGAAUCCCAGCCACGAGUGCGAUUACUGCGGCCGCAAGUUCUACUACCCGACAACGCUGACCAAACACCGCCGGACGCACACAGGAGAGAAACCGUACGCAUGCAAAAUAUGCGGCAAGCGCUUCACAGGCCGCUACAAUGUGAAGAUUCAUAUGGUAACCCAUGGAAUGAUGGUGAUUAACCCUUUAAAGAGUGGGCCUACAGUGCGACGCGUGUCAUCGUAAACCUUGUCGGUGGAUAUUGGGCUGUAGCUGUAGCCGUGCGCGUCAGUUGACGGACAUCUUUGCCGGUCAGAAGGUUAAAUAAACAUAGAUCCGGGUGAUGACGCCGUAUUUGUUCAGAUAAAAACAUGUUGUAAGAAAAACUUUUUAAAGGUUACUAUCAAAUAUUGAUUAUAUGAUGAUUGAUAAAUAUAUUUUUUUAUAUUGAUUGGAAUAAAUAACUGGUUAUGUGCACACACAAUGUGUUACUGUUUACCUUUUGUUGUUACUGUUUCACUAUUAACUUUUUUUAGGCAAAGUUUGAUAGUCUAUACCGAUCAGUCCUAGAACAGAAUGGAUACCUACAAAAGCUGGAUGAUGAGAGAAGCUUCAGGCGCAUACAAGCGCAAUUAUUUGGAGACAUAACUUUCUUAGGAAGUGAACAGGCCUUGCUAGGAUAGAAAGGCCCUCUCAUUUCUAGUAUAAUAUAUAUUAUACUACUCUUUGGCCCUCUGACAUCUAUUUCCUCCUAACGUUAUUUGCUCUAAAGUUUAUGUUGUGUUUAUGCAAAUGUGUUAAAGAAAACUGAGCCCACCUUUGAUUUGUAUUCAGUUCACUUUUGAUUCCAUGGUCCUACGAACCGGAUAAGCUAGCGGCUUUUUGGAAGUUCAGUUCAGUGCGGACUCACUUCGUCCCGUGGUUAGACGGGUAGAGUUUUCAGCUACCUGGGAUUACUAGCGCCAUCUAGCGAGCAGUAGCCGAAGCUAAACACGGAAGCGGAUACGAGUGGCAGCAGUUUAGAGAUCAAGUGGCGCCAUCUAGUACCAGUAACUGGAAAAAGAAGUUCAGCGAAGUGUGACGUCACGUCAGUUCAGUGAUUUGU